UAUAGGUCGUUUUAGCCAAUUUUUAUAUAUUUGACGUCUAAAUUUGAUUUUUUUUUUUGCCUUUCAACAAAUGUGUUUAAGAUAAUAAAUCUGGGCCUGAUGUUGAAUAGUUGGAGUCAGAAAAUGUGUACGCUUUUGUAGUUUUUGUUUGAUAUAUACGGAGAAUGAUCUAUUUGAAACAUCAGCUGGAAUAACUGUGUGAGAUUGCUCCCUGGUUGAAGCUAAUUGUCUUUGUAAAAUUCAUUGCUUCAAUGUAUUUAAAUGUCUUAAAAAGAAGAAAAAAAAAAGCUUUGGCUAGUUUUUAUACAACUGGAUAGCUUUUUUAUUAUUCAUUGAUCUUGUUUGGUAAGGGGCAAAGAAGGUUCUGGGGAUGGAGGAGAUACAGAAGCCUGACAGUCAUAUCGCAUCAGCUGCAGCUUUUGUGGAAGGGGGAAUCCAGGAUGCCUGUGACGAUGCUUGUAGCAUAUGUCUAGAGGAGUUUUCUGAAAAUGAUCCUUCAACAGUGACUAAUUGCAAGCAUGAGUUUCACCUCCAAUGCAUUCUUGAAUGGUGCCAGAGAAGCUCGCAAUGUCCCAUGUGCUGGCAAGCCAUUAGCUUGAAGGACCCUACAAGUCAAGAAUUGCUUCAAGCGGUAGAAAGGGAAAGGAGCUUUAGGGUUACUCCAUCAAGAAAUACCACCAUAUUUCACCAUCCCACCCUUGGUGGUUUUGAAUUGCAACAUGUACCAGUUGGUGUCAAUGACCCUGAACUUGAAGAGCGUAUAAUUCAGCACUUGGCUGCUGCUGGUGCAAUGGGAAGGGCCCACCACGCUGGUAGGAGGGAGGGCCAGAGAAGAUCAUCUGCUCAUAGUCAUCCACACUUCUUGGUGUUUUCUACUCAUCUUGGUGCACAGCACCCUGGUUCUGGAUCGUCACCUCUGACUCAUAUAGCCGGGGAAACAGAAGCAGCUACAAUCACCGUAGCUGGUCCAUCUAGUCCACUAUCGUCUAGAGGAGAUGAGUUAUCCCAACAGAUAUCACCAUUUCCUUCUGCUCAAAAUACAUUGGCCUCUGGACCUACUGCCAGUCCAGUGAAUAGAGGAGGAUUUUCCUUUAAUAAUCGAAGCACUUCUAGUAAUUCCUCAUUGCCAAAUCAAGAGAGAGCAGGACCAUCAGAGUUUCAGUCAUUUCCAGAAUCUCUGAAAUCCAGACUUAAUGCAGUGUCCGAGAGAUACAAGGAGUCGAUUUCAAAGAGUUCUAGAGGCUGGAAGGAGAGGUGGUUCUCACGUAACUCUUCCAUGUCUCAUCUUGGGAAUGAAGUUCGGAGAGAGGUGAAUGCAGGAAUUGCUAGUGUGUCUCGUAUGAUGGAGCGUCUUGAAACCAGCAAAAAUAAUAGAGAAAACCAAGCUUCUGUGUCGCAUCAUUUGGCUGAAUCUUCUGUUACAGAGCAAGACAACCAGCACAAUGCAGGGGCUCAUGGAGAUAACCCUUUAAGUACUAGCCCUUCACCUGCUUCACAUGCUGCAAGUUCUCUUUCUAAAUAAGUUAUGAAAAAUUAUUUCAGCAAAUUACAUCUAUCCUCAGCAUUUCAUCUCUGUAGGUUUCCAAUCUUGUUUCUCCAGAGAUGACAUGCUGAGGAAAAGAUGCUUUGCAUUUGCAAAUUGACAAGAUUCAUGGUGAUUGUGGUCUGAAUCUGAAUAAAUUGAGAGGAAUUCUGAUAAAGAGCUUCCAUCUGGACAGAGACUUUUAUAUGUGUGUAAAUUUGUUUAUAUAAAUAAAACCCGAUUUAAUGCACGAUAUCUGUAUUUAACCA